GAAGGCAGUAGGUGGUUAGCUUGUGAGCUGGAACUUGCUUAAGUCAGACCAGCCCGGCAAGCUACAGCGACUCCGCGUUUGGACUUGGUGCUGCUCGGACCGGAGCGGUUCCCACAUUCACACUUUGGUAACACCGCAGCACGACUUCAGGCGCUCAGGCUGAGAUGUUUGUCCGCAACAGGAGCUUCUAGGAGAGCGGAUCAUGGCUGUAUAUAGAAACAAGAGGACUUUGAGAGCUGCUCCACAUUCUCUUCCGACUGGAUUUUGAGGAGGCAGUGAAAUUUUUAGGAUGGGAAAACGACACGGCCUUGAGCUUUUGUGGAAUCUGGCUAAUGGCCGGGAGGACUACAGAUUUAGCUUUUUAUGACUUGGAUGGUAAAAAUCUCUUGAUACACCUUCAGAUCUCCUACUGAGAAUCAUGUGGUGGCAAUCCACAAAGCAGGACCUCUGGCUGCACUUGGACUUCGCUGCGACCGUCACAACUUCUCUGAGUUAAAUUGGACCCUUUCUGGUCUGGAUUCACUAAGCAUCCCCUUCCGUUUGGAUGAUCUUUCCUAACACAUAUUUCCUGACAUAUUGAUCUAAGCAGUGCCAAAACAACAGCAAGGCUUCCUCUAACUUCAGUAAUUCACUAAAAUAAAAAGGAAAUAGUUGAUUCUUGCUAAUGAUGUAGUAUUUGUAGGGUUCACUCAGAGCUUCUGUUGUUGCGAUGGCUGCUGCUACCUCUCCAGAGAAGCAUCAGCCCCUCCUGCAGCUCCAAGAGGUGGAUUCCAGUCGAGUUGGCAGUUGCAUCCUGUCUCCUGGUCUGACCCAUGAAUCCUGCCAGCCCAUCUGCAUCCCGGCCCCAUACACCGACCUGGGCCACGAGUUCACCCCCAUCCCUUUCUACAGUCCAACAAUUUUCAGCUACACCAGUCAAGGCAUUUCAGACUGUCCCUCGGUCCAUCAGUCACUGAGCGCCUCCUUAUUCUGGCCCAGCCGUGGCCAUGUGGGAGGUUCCCUACCUCUGCACCGCUCCCAGGCCCGAGCCCAGCACAGCCAGGCUGUUCAGAACCCGUGGGAGAGCGUUUUAACCAGCAGUAAGAGUGCGAGGAGACUGUCGCAGGAGAACGAGGAGGCCAUGGUGUCUUCAGGCGGGAAGGCCGACCUCCACUUCUGUGCCGUGUGUCAUGACUAUGCUUCAGGGUAUCACUACGGAGUGUGGUCAUGUGAGGGCUGUAAGGCCUUCUUCAAGAGGAGCAUCCAAGGACAUAACGACUACAUCUGUCCAGCAACCAAUCAAUGCACUAUAGACAAGAACCGACGCAAGAGCUGCCAAGCAUGCCGCCUUCGCAAAUGCUACGAAGUUGGCAUGACCAAAUGUGGUAUCCGGAAGGAGCGUGGAAACUGCAGGAGCACGCUGGUGAGGCGUGUGACCCGUUUGUCCUCCCAAGGUCGAAUAAACCGACCCAAGGUAUUAACCAGCCCAGUAGAGAGCCAAUUAAAUGAGACUUUACAACCUGGACUGACCCCCGAGCAGCUGAUUGAGCGAAUCAUUGAGGCAGAGCCUCCAGACAUCUACCUCAUGAAGGACAUGAAGAGGCCACUGACGGAAGCAGACGUGAUGAUGUCGCUUACAAACCUGGCUGAUAAGGAACUUGUUCACAUGAUCGGCUGGGCCAAAAAGAUUCCAGGGUUUGUUGAACUCAGUCUUUCGGACCAGGUCCACCUGUUGGAGUGCUGCUGGCUGGAGGUGCUGAUGAUGGGAUUAAUGUGGAGGUCAGUGGACCAUCCAGGGAAACUAAUCUUCUCGCCGGACCUCUGCCUAAGCAGAGAGGAGGGGAGCUGUGUCCAGGGCUUCAUGGAGAUCUUUGACAUGCUAAUAGCGGCCACGUCCAGAGUGAGAGAACUCAAGCUGACAAGGGAGGAAUACGUCUGCCUGAAGGCUAUGAUCCUCCUAAACUCCAACAUGUGCAUGAGCUCAUCGGAAGGUAGCGAGGAGCUGCAGAGUCGUUCCAAACUGCUGGGUCUCCUGGACGCCGUAACGGAUGCUCUGGUGUGGGCCAUCGCCAAAAGCGGACUUACUUUCCGCCAACAGUACACCCGUCUCGCCCAUCUUCUUAUGCUGCUCUCACACAUCCGCCAUGUCAGUAACAAAGGUAUGGAUCACCUGCACUGCAUGAAGAUGAAAAACAUGGUGCCUUUGUAUGACCUGCUGUUGGAGAUGCUGGAUGCUCACAUCAUGCACAGUUCCCGUCUCCCUCGCCGGCCUGCUCAGCAGGAGUCCACGGAUCUGUCGGAGGUGGCGUCCGGCCAGGCCCACGGCUCUGCCAGUGGCCCCUCAAACACCUGGACUCCCAGCAGCGCUGGGGUCAGAGGUGAAACCCAUUAUUCAGAUUAGAAUUAAUUGACUUCUCACUGCUUCUUACACACAAAAAAACCAAGCUCACAUGGCUGAUGCUGUUUAGGAACAAUCUGCAAAGACUGAGAGCUGGAUUCUCUGCUUGAUCUCUAGUGAAUCUUUAACACAUUGUCCACUAUUUCUGGCGAGUUCUCUAAAUGCAGAAAGGUAAAGCUCAAGAGGAUAGACCAGACUUGGCUUCUUUUCUUUCCACUACCCAGGAACUUUGUUUCACACUAGCAAUUUGACAUGGAGCAUCAGUACUUGCAUCUUCUGAACCUAAACAUGUCACUGUCAGUUUUAAGGUAAAUGACAUCACACCAGUCAUUGUGGAUCAGUCAGCUUUCACUGUAAUGUACAGUGGCACGGAAAAGUACCUAUGCCUAGACGUUUUGGUCACGUUUCGGAUCAAACAACGUUUAACAUUUAAGACAACCUGAGUACAUGUAAAUAGCAAGGAUUUUAUUAAGGGGAAGAGCUAUUCAAACCAACUUGACUCUAUGUGAAAAAGUAAGUUCCCCAUGAAAAAUCAAAACUAACCACAUUUGUUUGGUUCGGUAUGACUCGCCAUGGCAUGGCCUGAUUACUGCCAGACACCUAGAAUCAAGAAAUCACCUAACCAGAACCGCUGUACUUGAGAUGUUAUGCUUAAGCGCACAUAAGUUACACCGGUGGAAAAAUGAUCCCAAACUGACAAUAAAGUCCACCUAUAUAUGAAUAAAAAGAUAAUCGUGGAAUGGCCUAGUCAAAGUCUAACUUAAACAUGUAUGUUUGAUUAACAUAAUGUGGCAUUAAACCGUGUGUUUAUGCUGAAAUCCCUUUGUGUCUGAAUUAAAACAGUUUUUCAAACAAUGGGAGAUAAUUCCUGGUGAUGUACAAGACUGUGCCGCCAAAGGUGGUACAACCAGUUAUUAGGUUUAGGGCGAAGUUACUUUUUCACAUAAGACUAGGUUGGUUUGAUUUACUUUUUUCUAAUUAAUUAAUAAAAUUUAAUUAUCAUUUGCAUUUUUUAUUAUAUCAGGUUAUAUUUGUCAUAUAUCAAAAUCUAUUUAAUCUGCAACAUGUAAGUUUGCUUUAAAAAAAACAGAAACCUGAAAUCUGUAAGAAUGCAAAUUUAUUUUCACAUCACUGUACAUUUUUCUGACAGCUGCAUGUGUCUAAGCUCUUCAAGGUUUAGAAAUUCUUUGAAAUAUUUAAAAUUUCUGCACAAAUGACUUAAAACCACAAAUAGAUUUCCACACCACUCCUCGCAGCUGUUUUUUUUUUUUUUUACUGUAGUGUAAUUUAAAUACACUAAUGUAUGUAAUA